AUGAUAACAAAACAAAAAAAAAAUUUAUGUCCAUCUAGUUACUUCGGUGAUCAAUGUCAAUGGCAAAAUCAACGAGUUGGUUUAACAGUUCAAUUGGUACAUCGUGCUGAUACUUAUACUAUCGCAGUUUUUCAGAUAAUUAUUAUGCUGAUCUAUGAACAAAGACCAAUCGCAUCAUAUCAUGAACAAAUCAUUUGGUAUUUAUCUAUUCCAUGUCAAUUUCUACCUAUUAAUCGAAUUGCUACUCAACUAUUUAUUCAAAAUACAACAAUGAUUUUACCAUUAUGUCCUUUAUUUUGUGGUGAACAUGGUCGUUGUGUAGAAUAUAUAAAUAAAAAAUUAUUAUAUUUUUGUCAAUGUAAUGAAGGAUAUUCUGGUUCGCACUGUACUAUUAAAGACAAUUGUUCAUGUUCAUCUGAUUCAUAUUGUCUUAGAUCAUCUAUUUGUGUUUGUCCAAUGAAUAAAUUUGGUUCAAGAUGUUAUUUAGAAAGUUUAAUAUGUCAAACAAUUUGA